ACCCGCGCGACCCGUAGCGCGCUUCUGGAUUGGUGCUGCUCUGUGCUCUGGCAACCUUGCAAGAGCAAGAGAUUUCCAUAGUUUCGGAAUGUUCGUUGUUGGCGUCUGUUUGUGUACAUCCGUAGACCUGUGGCAAAGUUUUGUGAGGAUUAUGUCGUUGUUGGUCGUCUAGCAGUUGCGGAGGUAUUUUGGAAGUGCACACAGUGGGUGUUAUUGUCAUUUUCUUUCCGAAAAUCGACGCUUUACCGUUUCCCGCAAGCGAACUUUUAUUGGCGACAAGGACCCGUACGCCCCCCUAGGUAAUGUGCCUUAUCCUGUGAGCGAAGAGGCAGCCCCACCAGAUGACCAACAGCUCCACCCACUUGAAGAUCUCAUCCUGAGGACGUUUGAUCCGCAGCCGGAUUUAAACAUGCCUAUCUCUACACCCUACCUCGAAACUACAACUAGUCAUGCAACAGUUUGUCAACCUGUGCUCACGAUUACCGAACAACCGGCAAGAGAGACGAGAUACCGUUACAAGAGUGAGAGCGGGUCUCAUGGACCUUUGAUUGGUGAGAGCAGUACACCGCAAAGAAAGACAUAUCCUGCUGUAAAAUUGGAUAAUUAUGACCCCAAGCUGCCGUACAGAGUGAAAGCAAGUCUGUUUACACAUGACAGUAAUCCUCAACCACAUGUACAUAAAAUCACAAUGAAAGGCCACGAUGAGGAAGACUGUUGUUGUGUAACCGUCAGGGAAGGAAAAGCCGUGUUCCCAAGCAUGUCAAUAGUGUUUCAGCAAAAGAAAACUGUCGCUGAAACGUUGUACAGAAGGAAAAUGCAGGAGUUUGGCGGUACUGAAGUGUCAGACGCAAAGAGAAAGCAGCUACAAAAUGAUGCCAAGAAAGAAGCGUCAGAGAUGAAUCUGAAUCUCGUCAGGAUAUGCUUCACUGCAGAGCGCUGCGACGAAGGGAUCUGGCAUCCUGUUUGUCACGUACUUUCAAAUCCCAUUGCUAACUCUAAAGCAGGGAAACUGAAAAUCACCAAAGUGAACCGGACUUCUGGAUCUUGCGUCGGCAACGAUGAAGUGUGGAUACUCUGUGAGAAAGUGAACAAAAAAGACAUCCAGAUAAGGUUUUUCGACAUGGACGAAUCGUGGCAAGCCAAUGCAACAUUUUCGGAGUCGGACGUGCAUUAUCAGGUUGCAAUCGUCUUCAGAACACCCUGUUAUAGAGACACAAACAUUCAAGAAGACGUCAGAGUAAAAUUUCAGUUGAGAAGGAUAUCUGAUGGGGAGACCAGCGACGCCAUCGACUUCACCUACAAGCCUCGCUCGCUUACUGAGCAAGAAACACUAAUGCACAAAAGGCGAAAGCUUUGUAGCCAGAACUCCCAGUCGUCUGCAAUGGACCCCAGCACACCAGGAUCCUCCAGCUUUGUUCCGAGCGGUCAGGGCGAGCCCUACAUGGAGCAGCCAUACGAUCAGACGUCUGAUCCACCAGAACUUUCCGAGGAGGAGAUAUUGCAUUCAGAAGAUAACUUCUGCGAAAAAUGGUUGGAGUGGGGCUGCGGGGAACCUCUGAUGACUAGGGCGAUGAAGGACAAAUGGAGCAAUCCCAUGUUGCCACAAGGUUGCUAUGAAGCAGAUUCAGCUGCGCUUGAAUCGUCCAUGAGAAACCUCAGCCUAAAUGAUGAAUGUAGAGCAAAUAAGGAGGCCCUCUACUGCCUCCUAAAAUGGCUGCUAACCUGUAUGGUGCAGAUGACAACAGCAUCUGGCCUUGUAGAACUGCUUGAUUUCCUAAUGCUAUUUGGCAACAAGAACCAACAAAAUAUGUUCCACAUUCUUGCUGAGCACCACAAGCACAUUGCCGAACCGGUGAAGAAUGCUCUCAGUGCCGUCGAUCACCAGUUCGAUCUCAGGAGAUACGUCUCGACGAAAGACGCGGAUGGAAAUGCUCCAUUGCACUUGGCCGUCUUACACGACAAUGUGGACAUGCUUUCACUGCUCAUCAACUCUGGAGCAGAUAUAACGGCAACAGAUAAGAUGGGAGACACCACACUUCACAUUGCAUGUAAAAGUCCAGAUAGGAUGAAGAGCCUUGUGUGCCUGGUGAACCACUUGAACACUAGAAAUUCGAACACCAACCGCUUCAAUAACGAUGGAAUGACAGCUCUGCACGUGGCCAUCGUUAAUGACAACGUUCCAGCAGUCCAAGAACUCUGCAAACAUGGCACAGAUGUGAACGUUGCUGUGUGGGCCAACGGUGACACUCCACUGCAUCUCGCUGCCAGACAGAAUUCUGCAAAAGCAAUGGCAAUACUUCUGCAUCAGGAGUCCCUAGACGCCGACAAGGUCAACAACGAUGGAGACACGGCGAUGAGUAUAGCCCGCGACUUCGCCCUUACUGACCUGGUGGAACUGCUUUCCAAGGGUCGGAACUGUUCGAGGGUGGCAGAUGUGGAACCCGGGGACGUCCCCGGGAAACCCGACUCGUCCUCUCACAAACCCAGCGAAUCAAGAGGGACAGAGGAACGUCAGGACACGUCUGUUGGAGCCGUGAGAGAGGAGGACAACACCCGCAAGUCAGAUGAGACAUCUCCAGAACUACAAAGCCGUGUUGUAGACAUGUUGAACUGCACAGAGAAUGCUAGAAAAAUGCUGACUCUCUUCCUGGACCCCAGUGAGAUCGAUGGAAUACUCCGGAUCUUCCAGUCUCCGUGCCUUGGGGCGGCUUUGUUUGAGAAGUACCUAAAGGGAAGAUCUGAUGAUGAGAUUCAGAGUUUGCUCCAGUUGACCGACAUUGCAUGAAACCUCCAGACACAGUAUCUUUGUUUGACCAGUCACAGAUAAAACCUCUAAUGUGAAACAGCA